AUGUAUGCAAUUUUUAUUUUGUUUUAAACCCUGCUCUCGUAUUCGUAAUAGAAUUUGGUUGAAUUUAGAUAAGACUUAGAAUUAUAACUUAAUGAAUUGAAUAAAAGUAAACAUCGUUAAUUAAACUCAUUAAGUUUAGAGGACAUUAAUUGGAAACCAAUUAAUAUAUAUUUUUAAUUUUUAGAGAAUGCUGAGGUUGGUCAAGACAUCUUAGACUAUAUUACUAAAAUACUUGAGAUUUCAAAGAUAUUUUUUGGGAGACAUUUAAUGAUCAGAAGUUAAUAAGAAUCUAUUGUUUUUGGAAAUAAGACAACAUGCGGUGGGAUUGAUAUCCCUUUGGCAUUCCAAUAAAAAGAAUACAAUUAAGAUUUAGUGAUAUUUGUUUCAUUCCAAUAUGAUAAUUCUAGCAACUAUUACGCAUAUUCAGGCCCUUGUAAAAUUACAAAAUUUGAUUUGAGGCCUAUUUUUGGAGUUAUUAAUUGGAAUUUGAAAUAACUCUAAAUGGUAUUUAAUGGUUAAUUAAAAAUUAGAAAAAUGUUAAUUCAUUCACUAUUUAAUAAAAUAUUUAAACUUCUAUUCAUGAAAUAAUACAUGCCCUUGGAUUUAUUAAAAUACUUUAUUAAUAUUAUUAUGAUCCUUAAACAUUACAAUUUUAUAAUUUAACAUCAGAAAAAGACGAAAAUAACCAUUUGAUUCUAUCUACUCCCCGUUUAACCAAUAUAUCAAAAGAAUAUUUUUAAUGUGACUCAAUUACAGGGGCUUUAAUGGAGAAUUAAGGAGGGGAUACUAGUGCAGACCAUCAUUUUGAACGCACCUAUUAUUUUAACGAACUCAUGACAGGUUCAUAAAUGAAUGGAUAAUCUGUACUAUCAGAAUUUACAUUUGCUUUACUAUCAGAUUUUGGGUACUAAAUUAAUUUUAUCUUAGGUAUUAUCGAUUACUAAAGUACAAAAGAGAUUUUAUGACCUAUGGCAGAGCAAAAGGAUGUGACUUUUUAUUUAAACCUUGCAAGGAAUUAGAAGUAGAUGAAUUCUGUCAAGAAAAUGAAUAUACAUGUUCCUUUAAUAAUAUUGGAAUUGGUAAAUGUGGCUAGGAUCAAUUAAGUGAUUAAUGCUCAUAUAGAAGCAUAUUUAAAGGAAUGGAUUGUAAAAACCCAUUUUAAUUUCAGACUUAAGAAUAAAUAGACCAUUUCUCAAAGACAAGAAGUACAAUUAGUGAGAAUAGUUUAUGCUUUCAAAUAUCUUAUAAAGAAGAAAAAGUUGAAACUCUGUCUGAAAAAUUAAGUCAAAUAGAGGAAUCAUGUUAUAGAUUCAAAUGUAAAAAUGAUCAAAUACAUAUAAUUUUUUAAUAAAAUGACAAUGAUUAUAUCCAAGUUCAUUGUCCUGAAAAUGAGACAAUUACUUUUAGUGAAAUCAAUUUUCAAAUUAAAUGCCCCCAAGAUUCAAAAUAAAUCUGUGCCAAUUAAAAUGAUUGUCUAAAUUAAUGUAAUUCAAGAGGCUUUUGUGUAAAUUAAUAAUGUACUUGCUAAUAUGGAUAUUCUGGAUAUUACUGUGAAAAUGAAUGUGAUGGUUUUAGAAAAGAGGAUAAAUGUUUGAUUGAAUGUGAAGAAAAAGAUUAUGCUGAUAGUAAUUCAAUGUAUUGUUUAACUUGCUCAGGGGUAAUAAAAUUAAAUAUUUUAAGAAUUGUAAAUCAUGUAAGAGUAUCAUUGAAUGUUCAGAAUGCGAGGAUGGAUAUCAUUUAGUUGAUUAAUUCUGUGAACCCUUUUAUCAGAAAAUAUAAUCAUCAUCCAUUUAGUUUUAUUCUUCAAUUUAGAUAAUUAUUCUGAUAUUAAUGAUUAUUUUAAUUUGA